AUGACCUCGGUCGAGGCAUUCCCUCCCUCCAUGGGAUUGGGAUCCGAACAUGCCAAUGGCAGCAACAAGACGGCCGCCGCUGACGGCAAGCUCCCUUCCUUCGACAAGAUCGAUAGCAAGAUCGACGGCAAGAUGAACGGCAAACACGCUGAGCCCAACGGCAAGUCCAAUCUCAGCAGCAGCGAGCCCAACGGCAAGUCUCACCUCGAGCCCAACGGCAGCAGCAAGACCGGCACCAGCAAGAGCAGCAGCGGCAAGACCGCGCCCUCCUCUUCUCUCGGCGCCCGGAACCCUCAAGACGUGAUCCAGCGAGGCAUCUACAAGUCCAACCCCCUGGGCACCGCCGCCUUCAUCGGCCUGCGCGCUCUCGACCCCAUUCUCCAAUACAAGUUCCUCGCGGGUGACUGGGGCACGCGCCUGCUGUCCAAGCUGAACAUCAGCUCUAUCCCGCUGUACGACUACCUAGUCGAGACGACCACCGCGGCGGGGACCAAGUCGGCCAUUAUCCGCUACCUGCCCCUUCCGCGCUUGAUCCUGUUGCUCAUGUCCGCCGGCUCCUCGCUGAAGCAGAUCUACUGGCUUCUCGGCCUAUCCCGCGAGGAAUUGACCCCCGCUGCGGCGGUGGAGGUGUCGUUGUUUAACACCGUCAUCAACACGCUCGGAUCUCUCUUGUUGCUGGGAACUUCCACCUCCGCCUCCUUGUCAACCCCGCGCAUCACCUUACCCUUCAGCUUCAACUCGACCACGGGAACAUCCAUGUCGCUGCCUCUGCCAAUCGCCAUCGGCUCGAUCAUGUACAUAACCGGCAUGGCGAUCGAGACACUCACCGAGCGCACGCGCAAGAAGUUCAAGGAUGACGACGCCAACGAGGGCAAGAUCUGCCGCGAGGGCCUGUGGAACAAGGCGCGCCAUAUCAACUAUGGCGGGUACACGCUGUGGAGGGCCGGGUACGCGUUGGCGGCUGGUGGUUGGGUCCCGGCGCUGGGCGUGGCGGCGUUCCACAUCUGGCACUUUGUCAGCAGGAGCACAGUGUACAUGAGCGAGUACAUGCAGAGCCGGUAUGGAGAUCAGUGGGAGAAGUAUAAGAAGGACGUACCGUAUCUUUUGAUUCCUGGUAUUUACUAA